CGCCGCGCUCAGCCUCGCAUUUUGUGUCACGGUGCCACCGGGAGAGAGGUGACACACUGCUGCUGCUGCUGCUGCUGCGCGUCAGGGGGAUAUACCCGUCACCAUCCUUUACGGUCAGAGCCACAUCCCUCCGCGGGCAAUGACAUUUGCAGAUUGAAGUGGAAAUACAACAUCACAACAGUAAAAAUGACGGUGGACUUUGAAGAAUGUAUAAAAGAUUCGCCCAGAUUCAGGGCCGGAAUCGAUGAUGUGGAGACAGACGUGGUGGAAAUCGAGGCGAAGCUCGACAAGCUGGUGAAGCUGUGCAGUGGGAUGAUCGAGGCCGGCAGGGCCUACGUCGGCGCCAAUAAGCUCUUUGUGAAUGGCAUCAGAGAUCUGUCCCACCAGUGCAAGAAGGAGGAGAUGAUAUCGGAAUGUCUUGAAAAGUGCGGAGAAAGCCUCCAGGAGAUCGUCAACUAUCAAACGAUUUUGUUUGACCAGGCUCAGCGGUCCAUCAAACAGCAGCUUCAUACCUUCAUUAAGGAAGAUAUACGUAAGUUCAAGGACACCAAGAAGCAGUUUGACCGCGUGCGUGAGGACAUGGAGCUGGCUCAGGUGAAGAACGCUCAGGCGCCUAGGAACAAGGUGCACGAAGCAGAGGAGGCCACACAGGCGCUCAUCCUGAGCCGCAAGGCCUUCAGGCACCUGGCCCUGGACUAUGUGCUGCAGAUUAAUGUCCUCCAGGCUAAGAAGAAAUUUGAAAUCCUCGAUGCAAUGCUUUCCUUCAUGCGAGCGCAGCACACUUUGUUCCAACAAGGCUUCAACAUCUUGGAUGAAAUUGACCCCUACAUGAAAAAGCUGGCUGCACAGUUGGAUCAGUUGGUGAUCGACUCCGCCAUGGAGAAGAGAGAGAUGGAACACAAACACGCUCUCAUCCAGCAAAGAACCCUGAUGCAGGAUUUUUCCUACGAUGAUCCCAAGCUGGAAUUCAAUGUGGACGCACCCAAUGGGGUGGUCAUGGAGGGUUACCUGUUCAAGAGAGCCAGCAAUGCUUUCAAGACUUGGAACAGGCGGUGGUUUUCCAUCCAAAAUAGCCAGCUGGUCUACCAAAAGAAAGUGAAGGAUUCCCUGACGGUGGUGGUUGAAGAUCUGAGGCUGUGCUCAGUCAAACCAUGCGAGGAUAAUGAGAGGAGGUUCUGCUUUGAGGUGGUUUCCCCCACAAAGAGCUGCAUGCUCCAAGCAGAGUCAGAAAAGCUGCGGCAGGCCUGGAUCCAGGCGGUCCAGGCAAGCAUCGCCUCCGCUUACAAAGACAUUGGCGACAACUAUUACAUUGAGCGUUUGGACCGGACAGCUUCGCCUUCCACCAGUAGCAUCGACUCUGCCAGUGAGCCCAGGGACAGAGGGGAGAGGGCGGAGAAGGCGUGUCGGGGAGGGGGAGAGAGUCUGCUGCAGCGGGUGCAGAGCUUGCCGGGAAACGAGCUGUGCAGCGACUGUGGCCAGACGGCCCCAUGCUGGGCCUCCAUCAACCUAGGAGUGCUGCUCUGCAUCGAGUGCUCGGGCAUCCACAGGAGUUUGGGCGUCCAUUUUUCUAAAGUGCGCUCGCUUACGUUGGACUCGUGGGAGCCAGAAUUACUCAAGCUCAUGUGUGAGUUGGGAAACACUGUGAUCAACAACAUCUAUGAGGGAGCCUGCGAGGAGCUGGGAACUAAAAAACCAGGACCGUCUAGCUCCAGGCAGGAGAAAGAGGCCUGGAUCAAGUUUAAAUAUGUUGAAAAACGCUUCCUGAAGAAGCUGAGUGGGAGUGAAGCUCUGGUGGAAGGGGAGAGGAAGUCCCGCCCCUGGAUGGUUAAGAAAUGCCAGCGUCACAGCAGUUCGAUACGGGCCCCCAACAAGGCCCGCAGGAAGUACCACCGUUAUGAUCCAGGCAGCACCUCACCUGCCAACCUCACAGCAGCAGCUGCAGCAAAAUUUCGGCGGGAUUCACUUUUCUGUCCCGACGAGCUGGACUCUCUGUUUUCUUACUUUGACACUGGCUCUGGACCUCGCAGCCCUGCAGGUCUCAGCAGCGACAGCGGCCUGGGAGGAAGCACAGACGGCAGCACAGACAUCCUGGUGUUCGGCAGUGUCACUGAGGAAGAGGAGGAGUCGGAGGAGUCCUCCAGCGGAGAGGUGGAGAUUGAGCAGGAGGGGUCUUCAGAUCCGGAGGAUCCCAGGGAGCUGCAUCCCGGGGCGCUGCUCUACCGCUCCUCUCGUCUGCACAAUUUGUCACUCAUGGCGGAGGCUCUGGCACACGGUGCUGACGUGCACGCCACCAACGAAGAGGAGGAGGGGAAAACGGCUCUCAUACAGGCUGUGAUCGGGGGCUCUCUGAUUGCCUGUGAGUUCCUGCUACAAAAUGGAGCCGAUGUAAACCAGAGAGACAUGAGAGGCAGGGGCCCACUCCACCACGCCACAUACAUGGGCCACACUGGCCAGGUGUGUUUAUUUCUCAAGAGAGGAGCGUCGCAGACAGAAGUGGACGAGCAGGGUAACGAUCCGCUCAGUAUCGCCGUCCAGGCUGCCAACGCUGACAUCGUCACUCUGUUGCGUCUGGCGCGGAUGAACGAGGAGAUGCGCGAGGCGGAGGCUCCACUGGGUCAACCAGGGGUUGCAACAGGCAGCAGGAAAGAUAAACUCAAGGAUGGUCGGGAUAGAGCAACAUCUCCAAUGCUGAUGUCUUUCGCGAGUUUUCUGUCCUCGCGUCUCUCCAGCCCGAGAAGUUGAGGAGAAGAAGCGUACAGUUCAGCCGUUAUCAGAAGCUAUAGUGACCACUGUCAAUCAUCUUUUCAUUGCCCACUCUUCACUCCCUAUUUGAUAAAAAUAGAAGCAGUUGUAUGCAAUGCAUGCGUUAUCGUAUGACUUAUAACUAUUUGCAGGCCCAGGAUCAUCUCUUCACUUUUGCUUUCCUGUUCAGGUAGCUCAUCUGAGAUCUCAUAUAUCAGAAAGUGAAAAAUCCAAGCAAUAUUACUACUUAUGCUGAUUUUUUUUUUUCUCUGUUGUGGAAAUUAGAGGUGGGUGGGUCUCAUUUGGGAUGAAAAAUGGUCUGUUAAACCAAGAAACCAAGUAUGAAGGAAUCCAUUGUGUUUUAGGCUUUGCAAUGGAUCUCAAUGUAAUUGGGCUUUUGGUAUUGGCAUACCAAAAUCUAUAAAUUAGUAUAUUACAGAAAACCUCAUUUAAAUCAGUGAGUCAUAAAAGGUGUAACUACUAUAGUUAUGGACCAUGGAUGGUUAAAACAAAAAACACACAUAUAAUCACAAUAAAACCAUGGAACAAUUCAGUUUAUGUAUAUAGUGCCAAUUUCCAAACAUGUCAUCUCAAGGCACUUUAUAGAGACAAUUCAACCAGAUCA